UCCCACCAAACGAAGAAUUGAAUUCAGCUGAAAUUCUAAUUUCACACAAAAUUCUGUAUCUCCAUGUCAUCGAUAAUCGCUUGGAAUUGUCUUUGAUUUUGCUGGUUUUUGAGUUCCCUAAACAGUGUGUGCUUAAGUUGACCACUCCAAAUUCGCAUCAUGGAGCACUCGAAUGGCAGUAGCAAGCCCAGUACAGACCAGUCCGCGCCACCUCACCCACAGUCCUCGGCGGUGACUGCCUCGUCGGAGGUUUGGAGCAGCAAAAGGAAGCUCUAUGCCAUCGAUGAGCGCGAGGAGAGCUCGCCGGUGACUGUGGGCAAGGCGGAGACUGAUUUGGCCUACGAUGCGGAUGUGGACGAGCUGGAACAGCCGACGGCCGAGCGCGAGAUCAUCUACGAGCUGUUCCAGCCGUGGGCCCUUAGCACAUAUGGUGAUCAGGCCAAGACCAAGACGAUAACACUGCGCAAGAAGGCGCGAAUUCUUAAGGCACUCGAGGGCAAGGAGCACAGUCGCCCCGAUAGCUCCAAGUUCCGCUUUUGGGUCAAGACAAAGGGCUUCACUACUAAUCGACCCGAGGGCUUUGAAGAGGCUCCUGGCAGUCGGCGCUACCUGAAAAGUCUUCCUAGCUCGGCCAUUUUGUCGGAUAAUCCCGCUGAUGUGGAUCUAUUUGCUGCAUCCACCAGCAAGGGAUUCGGUCGACGAACCUACCGCAAAGUGGCCUGUGUGGAAGAGUUCUUCGACAUCAUCUACAAUGUGCACAUGGAGCUGGGAGGCCGCAGUGGCAUGCACGCGGGUCAAAAACGCACCUACCGCAUUAUCACUGAAACCUAUGCGUUCUUGCCCCGUGAGGCGGUCACCCGCUUCCUGACCAUUUGUCCCGAGUGCAAGAAGAACCUUCGUCCAUCCUCACCAUCGGGGGGCGGAAAAGACUCCGACAUGGCCGGCAAUGAGAGCUCCUCCGAAGUGGAGACCUACCUCAAUUAUUCAUCGCACACGGAGAGCUCGCUGGAGGCGGGGCCAACUGCCAAGCGCCGUCGGCACUCGAGCGCCGAAAUCAAGGCCUCACUGGCCAGUGGCUUGGCUGUCGGUGCGGGAAUCGCCAGCAGCACGAGUGCCACUCAGCUGGAUGUCCUGUGGACUGGAGUGCCCAGAAGUCGAAGCCCCAAGCCCCCGAUGGCGGCAGAGGCGGCUGUUGAAGCCACACCUGUUAGCGUGCCCAAAAUCCGCAUCAAGACCCAGUUGCAGCGUCCGUCGAGUCCGCAAGAUCAGUCUGCUGACCCGAGCACCGGUGCUCAAUCCCAAUCUCAGGUCCAACCCCAGUCCCAAUCUCAGUCACAAUCACAAUCCCAUUCACAGCCAAGUGGCCAAGGCUUUGAUGCACAGCUGCUAAAGUCGCGGGAUAAUCUGCUGCGAUACUAUCACUUCAUGAGGCGCUUCUAUGCCGGGGAACCGGUUUUAGCACCGCCCAUCUACGGCAGCAGCCUGUUGCAGAGCCUCAGCUAUCCAACCACCAUCUCGACCGCGGCCACAGCAACCCCUACGACCCCUACCACAACCACCUCAGCUCCUGGUAAGAUGCUGGCCCCUCCCAAGGCUGCAACUCCGCCACCCAAUCCUCCCAAGAUCAAGUCCUCUCCGGAUAGCUUGUUGCGGGCACGCACUCCUCCCGUAGCUUCAACAGCCACCUCCGCCGCGCCCAAAGACACAGCUCACACUCCGAUUAAUCUAACGAAAUCUAUAUUUUCCAGCCUGAAAACCGGACAUGCACCAUCCACAUCGACGCCAGUUCCACUCAAGCUGGAACUGCCCAGUCCACCGAAACCACUGCCGGAACUACGCAUUCCCCAACUGCGCGGCAUGCCGCCAGUGGAGCUAUCCUUGCCACUGCCGCCUCUGGACUUGGAGCGAUUGAAGCCCAUAACCUCGACAUACUUGCAGUUGACACGCAGCAUGGGACUCAGCGAUGAGGAUGCCUUGCGGUUCGACAAUCUGUUUCUCUUUUCUCUGACAUGCUUGGCUUAUAAAUGUAACCCAACUAAUGCAAUGCUAACGAGCGAGAAAGACAAUGACAGAAAUGCACUUUUGUCGGCCGAACAACUACCACCAGGCUGUCAGCCACACGACUACAAAGAACUGCAACCAAAUCACCCAUGACCAACACAUUGCUUUCGGCCACCAAAUGCGUUUUGCACUGAGCUGCGCACAAAAUUAUGCAAUAGUUUUUUCGACGUGCUUUAAUCAGUUUGCCGUGAAAUUCCAAUUGAAUUUCUCGUUCCGCGCUGCGUUUUUUAUAUUUAUAAUUUUGAUCUCCUAAUGCUUGAAUUAUUUUUGGCUGCAAG